AUGAAUGCGCAAAUGGAAUUAGAGUACGGUCGGCGCAAGAUUCGCACGGCGAGGCUCAUUCUACGUCCACUGACAAUUCAAGACUUGGCUGAUUGCCACGCCCUCAGGCAAGAGGAAGAAGUGAUGAAAUGGCAGCCUCAGGGCAGACCUGACGAGUCCCUGACCGAAACCGCCGAAUGGCUGGUACGGCGAAUGACACAAAAUGACUCUCUCACGUAUGGAAUUGAGCUGCAAGAUACCACCACGGGGACGCAGUCUCGACGUCGAGUGAUUGGUCUGGUAGCAAGUCAUGCCCUCGACACUCUACCGACGUGCGGGAUUUUCCUCGCUCCGAAGUUUUGGGGUCGCGGUUUGGCCACCGAGGCUCUCACUGCCUGGCUGGCAGAUUGGGAGAGGGAAAAGUUGAGGCGUCGUUCUGCCCCAAACAACAGCAACGACCAUGACCAACAAGAGACCACUAUCGAGCCAGCACCGACUACUUCUACUACUAUGUGGGCCUUUCUCAACACCGAAAACCACAGGAGUAAGGGACUGCUUCGAAGAUGCAAUUUCAACUAUCAUGCUCGGGAGGAUAAGAUGGAAGCUGGCCGCUCGAUCUGCGUUGAGAGUUGGGUAUGGAGAGGGACUCGACAGCAGGAUGAGCAGCCCUGUUUGCAGCCUUGA